AUGGUGCGAUCCCUUUUUGUGCCAUUGGCGCUCUCCGCUUUUGUCAAUACCGCUCUUGCAGCACCUGCUACAAGCUAUGCAACAGUAGAAGGCUUCGACUCAAUCCCAAGUGGAUGGGAGCAGGUAGCUGAUGCAACUCCCACAAAGUUGUUGAACCUGCGUCUCUCUUUGGCCCCAGCCAACACAGACAAUUUCCUGAAUACUGUUCUCGGCCUCUCCACCCCAGGGCAUGCAUCGUACGGCGAUUUCCUCUCGCCGGGGGCGCUCCAGGAUCUGAUAGCCCCAGCUUCUACUGCUUCUGAUGCCGUCACAUCAUGGCUAGACCAAUCCCUGUCUGCCAACGCGAUCCAAAACAACGGAAACUGGUUAGCCUUGCAGCUAUCAGUCGAGCAGGCGGAAAAUUUGUUGCAGACCAAGUUUUAUGAUUACAAGAGUACGACGACCGGUGAAAUCAGAACUCUAACGCUGGGGUACUCUGUUCCCACAUCACUUACGGAAUUCAUCGAGACAAUCCAACCGACAACCGAUUUCAGUGAAGUCAGAGGCUUGCCGCAGAUUCAGGCCUACGGACCCGAUCUAAGCAACCUCACCACAGAAGCAACUUCGUCGGAGUGCAACACGCAAAUUACUCCAGCCUGCCUUCAAUCUCUCUAUGGUCUACCUACCGCGAGUGUGAGCAAUUCGAGUCCUGGAAUUGCAGUCCCCGGAUUUAUAAACGAGUACGCCAAUUACAAUGACUUGAGUCUCUUCCUAAAGCAGUUUCGCCCCGAUUUGAACCCACCUCCUUCGUUUACGGUAGAGUCUGUCGAUGGAGGAUUGAAUGAUCAGAGCCAGCCCGGUGUCGAAGCUAAUCUUGACAUCCAAUACACCGUUGGUUUAGCCAAUGGAAUCGAAACUACCUUCAUAUCUUCGGGGCUGUCUACUGUUCAGGGCUUCCUCGACGUCAUAUCCUAUGUUGCCAAUCUCCCAACUCCACCUACGGUCCUGUCCUUGUCCUAUGGAUUCGACGAGAACACGUUGGGUACUAGCAAUGCGAACAGCAUAUGCAAUGCCUUUGCUCAACUCGGUGCUCGCGGUGUAUCCGUUAUUGUUGCUAGUGGUGAUGGUGGAGUUGCUGGCAGCAGGCCGAGCAACUCUUGCACUACAUUUGUCCCGACAUUCCCAGCUUCCUGCCCUUACAUCACUUCCGUCGGUGCCACCGCGGGAGUCCCCGAAACUGGAUCGACACUUUCCGCUGGUGGAUUUUCGAAUCUCUUCAGUCGCCCUGUUUACCAGGAACUAGCAGUUGAGGCUUAUCUGAUCGGCCUACAAUCUGAAUAUAGUGGUCGAUUUAAUACCAAUGGCCGAGGCUAUCCCGAUGUUGCAGCACAGGGGGAGAGAAUCGUCAUAGAGUUAAGCGGUAGUGGUACUUUGGUUGAUGGAACUAGCGCUUCUGCUCCAAUCUUUGCUUCGACUAUUGCGCUCCUCAACUCUCAGAGACUUGUGCCUUUGGGUUUCUUGAAUCCAUGGCUCUAUCUCGAAAGCGCUGUCUUGAACGAUAUUACUACCGGUAGUAACCCCGGAUGCAGCACCAGCGGCUUCCCAGCUGCUGCAGGGUGGGAUCCUGUCACUGGUCUUGGAACGCCCAACUUUGGAAAAAUGCAGCUUCUGAUCUAG